AUGUCCAAGGGAGAAAUUAACCAAACUCAUUAUGACAAAUUGAUGGAGAUUUAUACAGGAUAUAAUGAUGUCUACAAUGCUUUGUACCGGCUGAAAACAAAUGACGAAGAAAAAUUAAACGCAAUUUACAAAAAAAUCAAACAAAACCUGAUUGACUGUUAUCAUAUUCGGCCUGAUGCGAUAAUCGCUGCAAUAUCCCAACUUUCAAUUUAUAACAACCGCUACAUGAAAUCAUAUUUAGCGAUUGCCAAACAAAUUGUUGACGAAUACCAUCUAAAUAGUAUUGAAUGA